GCAUUCUUCUGGCUUUUGUUUUAGGUUGCGUUUUUAGAAAAGCUCUGAAUUUGAACCUCGUUUAUUCGAUUUUUGACAGAUUAUACCGUCGUUUGUCUCCAUGAAAUUGACAUGUCUGAGCAAAGGAGAUGGCUUUCAUUAUCCGCCUUGUCAUAUGCUGAAUCUAUGUGGUUUCAGGAUAUUGAUUGACUGCCCUUUGGACCUUUCGGCAAUCAAAAUCUUCUCACCUGUUGUAUCUUGUGUGGGUUCUGAAGCUUCUAAAUAUCCAUCUGAUGAGUCGUUGGAUGCUCAGAAUCCAAUUCAAAAGAAGCAUAAACUGGAGAGACAGCUAACUUCUGCUGAUUUGGUGUGUGAAGAACCGUGGUACAAAACUGUGAAAGCCUUGCAUUUGUGGGAGGCUUCUUUCAUUGAUAUUGUUCUCAUCUCCAACCCUAUGGGAUUGCUCGGAUUGCCAUUCCUUACCCAAAACCCUGGAUUUUCUGCCAAGAUAUAUAUGACUGAAGCAACAGCGAAGAUUGGACAGCUCAUGAUGGAAGAUCUUGUCUCGAUGCACGCGGAAUUCAGAUGUUUUCAUGGACCUGACAACUCCAGUUUCCCUGGGUGGAUAAAGAAUUUAGAUCGUGAACAAGUACCAGCCUUGCUUAAAAAAGUUGUCUUCGGCGAGAGUGGUGAUGAUCUGGGCAGUUGGAUGCGUCUGUACAGUUUAGAUGAUAUAGAGAGUUGCAUGAAGAAGGUUCAAGCCGUAAAGUUUGCAGAAGAAGUUUGUUAUAAUGGGACCUUAAUCAUUAAGGCUCUAAGUUCAGGUCUAGAUAUUGGGGCUUGCAAUUGGUUGAUCAGCGGACCUAAUGGAAGUCUAAGUUAUGUGUCAGACUCCAUCUUCGUUUCACAUCAUGCAAGAAAUUUUGAUUUCUAUGGUCUCAAAGGAACCGAUGUGUUGAUUUACUCAGAUUUCUCAUCCCUCCAAUCUGCAGAAGUGACUGAGAAUGGUUGUAUUUCUCCAGACCCAGAUAAUAAUUAUAUAUCAACAAUCAGUGACAACAAGGAUUCAUUACUAAACACUGACGACAGCUUAGAAGAGAUGGAGAAACUAGAGUUUGUUUGUUCAUGUGCUGCAGAAUCUGCUGAUGCUGGUGGCUCAACCUUGAUAACGAUUACGAGAAUUGGGAUAGUUCUGCAGCUCCUAGAGCUAAUGUCAAAUUCUCUUGAAUCCUCGUCUCUAAAGGUUCCAAUUUUUGUAAUAUCUUCUGUGGCAGAAGAGUUAUUGGCAUACACAAACACCAUACCCGAGUGGCUUUGCGAGCAACGACAGGAGAAGUUAAUUUCAGGAGAACCAUCAUUUGGCCAUCUUAAAUUCAUUAAAGACAAGAAGAUCCAUUUGUUUCCUGCCAUUCAUUCACCCAACUUAAUAACGAGUUGGCAGGAACCAUGCAUCGUAUUUGCUCCUCACUGGAGUUUGCGACUUGGCCCUUCUGUCCAACUUCUUCAGCGUUGGCGCGGAGAUCCAAAAUCGUUGCUUGUUCUUGAGGAUGGGAUUAGUUCAGGUUUAGGACUUCUCCCUUUUAGACCGAUAGCAAUGAAAAUUCUCCAAUGUUCAUUUCUUUCUGGAAUAAGGUUGCAGAAGCUCCCAACACUUCUUUCCGUUUUGCAGCCAAAGAUUGUCUUGGUCCCUGAUGCUGUCAAUCAGAGGAUCAAUUUUGCUGCAAUGAAGACAAUAUCAAUCCUGGAUUACUUUGAAAACAAGACGCUACGUGUACCAAGAAUUGCAGACAAUCCAAGCGUAGAGAUUACGACAGACUUGGCCUCCAAAUUGAGCUGGAGAAAACUGAGACAACGUGAAAACUUUGGUAUUGCAAGAUUGAAAGGUGGGCUUCUGAUGGAAGAUGGGAAACACAGAUUAGUUUCAGGGUUGGAGCAGGAAGAAAGUUCAGGAAAGGCUCGGCCAUUGAGGCAUUGGGGCUCAGUGGCUCCGGAAUCACUUUUAGACGCUUUACUGAAAAUCGGAAUAAAAGGAUCCUUAGAACAGAGCAUAGGUGAGAAUGGAUCAGGCGACAACAGUAUAAUCCAUAUAGCAAAUCCUAGCAGUGGCCUGAUAGAGGUCUCAGAGAUGGGUACUGCUAUUAUAACAGACGAUGACAAUGUAGCCUCUCAGGUCUUCCAGGCGAUUGAUGGAAUUCUUGACGGUAUUUAGAGGAAGUAUCAAGCAUUGACUCACCAGAGCUAUUAGUGUAUUAGAGUGACCAGUUUAGAUAAACCGUGUAACUAUGAUUGGUUAGUUUACCGAAAUACUCUCUGUAACAUACAUGAGUCGGUUCCGAUGGUUUUGUCAUUGACCAGGAUGGGGAGGAGUUGUCGAUGGAUGAGAUCAAGAGUCUUGAUGACAAGAAGAAAGUGGCAGAACACAU